UGUAUAAAUGUACUGGGAGCCAUUCGAGGCUCCACUGCGCUUCACAUCUGGCUGGGCUUUUCUCUUUACGUGUUUGUCCUGGUUUCUUCCUCCCUUCCUAGACUUUCGAGAAACCACAUUUCCGCUUCUGGCCAAAGAAAUCGUGGAGCCGUGGAGAUAAAGGUGCUGGGAGGGGACUGGCUGUUUCUUGUACUCCCCCCCUCCCCUUCCACUCCCUUUUUGCUUUUUUCUUCCCUCGGGACAUUUUCCCCCUUGCUAUCUCUCCUUCAAACAAGUCUGUGCUUCCCCUCAGACCUGCUGGGGAGGAGGUUCAAACCCCCAGGAGAUGCUCUAAAAGAUCAAGCCUCUGCUGAGGCAACAAGACCGUUGCUGGUGGAAAGGCAGACAAGAUAGAAAACAAAAUCCUGAACCCGGGAAGUUAACACCAAGAGCAAGGAAAAAUGAUUGGCUCCUACAAAUUGAAGUUCAUUUUUGGAUCUUGCCUGCUGCUGACUCUCAUCUCAUGUGACACAGCAUUGGGCUGGGCAUCACAGAAGCAGCAACUCCAGCAGGACCAGGAGAUGAUUCAGGAAAAGGUUAAGGUGGAGGAUCUACCACCACCAUUGCUGGAUCCCACUGAAAAGGUUGAAGAUGACCAUGAAAAGAACAACCCCAGCCUGGAAGAACAGACUUCUGCCUCUAAAUGUUUCCGCUGUUGUGACUCUGGCUACCCCAUGUACCAGCCAAUGCCAAUGCCUCAGAUCAAUAUCACUAUCUUAAAAGGUGAAAAGGGUGAUAGAGGAGAGAGAGGUCUCCAAGGAAAAUUUGGCAAAACAGGUUCAAUAGGUGCCAGAGGUCAAGUUGGACCAAAGGGACAGAAGGGCACAAUGGGGGCUCCUGGAGACCGAUGUAAGAACCACUAUGCUGCCUUCUCAGUGGGACGGAAGAAGCCCUUGCACAGCAAUGAUUACUACCAGACGCUGAUUUUUGACAUGGAAUUUGUCAACCUCUACAGUCACUUCAACAUGUUCACAGGUAAAUUCUACUGCUACGUGCCUGGCAUCUACUUCUUUAGCCUCAAUGUGCACACCUGGAACCAGAAGGAAACUUAUCUCCAUAUCAUGAAGAAUGAUGCUGAAGUGGUGAUACUAUAUGCCCAGGUGAGCGACCGAAGCAUCAUGCAGAGCCAGAGCCUGAUGUUGGAGCUUCAGGAACAGGAUGAGGUGUGGGUACGGCUCUUCAAGGGAGAGCGAGAGAAUGCCAUCUUCAGUGAUGAGUUUGACACCUACAUCACCUUUAAUGGGUAUCUGAUCAAACACAAUGCUGAGCCAUAAGCCAGCUCAUCAGCCUCUUUCCUGGCCACAGAGGCUAACUACAGUCUUUUAAUCUUUUCAUGGCCAGCUUUUCCUCUCCUUGAUAUCCAAGCUACAGGAUGAAACCCUCCUGAAAUGCCACUCUCCUCCUUAGAUUACUGCCUCCAUUCCAUCUGCAUUCCACAGGAUUCUCAUUAAAUGAAAAAUACUAUCCAUUCUUACAUUUUGCAAUGCCCUUUUGUGCAACUGUAGACAACAUAUGAAAUUAUCAGGGAGGGGAACAUGUGAGAAUGAAGGACUGGGCACGUCUUGCCUCCAGCAGAAUACUAAUCCUUUGAUAACCUAGUAAUAUAGCUGGGUUUCCCAGAAAAGAUAAUUUCCACUCCCAUUACUGGAACUAAUUAGCAGACAUGCACAGGGUUACUAAAUAGAGCAAAGUAAAUCAUGGAAAAUAAGAGAGAAUCUUUUUGUCUUCCUACUCAAUGAAGUUUUCCCUGAGAAAGUUGGUUUUAGCAUAUAGUUCCAGAGAAAUUCUGUACAGCUCCCAAGAUUGGUGGUGGUUGGACUACAGGAAAGCUGGACAAAGAGUUGUUAAGUCAGUUAUAUGAAUAAAUCAUAUUCCCACUCCCUCCCUUGUCAAGACCUCCUCAUCAAUCAUCAAUCAAUUGGAUUAACUGUUGGUAUAAAGGCCAUGUCCAGAGAGCCCAGUAACCCUGUCUGCUGUGAGGUAUUUGUAGAUGGGUGAGUCCUUCAGAUGCUGCCUGCUCAACUGGAACAAUUGGUUUCCAAAUGAUGGCAGCUAUCCCUUCACCAAGUCCUCUAUAGCAUAGUUUGUUAUUAAAAGAUCCAAGCAGAGUUUGACUUUCCUCCUCUUUACAUUCACAGUUCCUUCCAACCUGAAGUCUGAUUUCUGUUAUUGUUUAUACUAGGAUCUGAUGAGUUUAGGAACUGAUUUUAAAAAAGGAACAGCUCAGGUCAUUUUAGCUCUCUUCCUAGUUGUUUAGUCUUUUUCAGAGAUAAGUCCACAGGUUCUAUUGUUUCCUGUUGGAUUCCUCAUCCUUCUUAUGCUAUAAGUUGUGGAUGUUUAUGGCAAUGACUCAGCAUAAGACAGCCCCUCUAUAUACUUAUCAGCUAUGUCUCAGGAACCUGGAAGCUAAUUUGAUUGAGCUAUCAAGCAGGAACUACUAAGUUUCACCCUUACUCAUAACAAUUGUUCCCUAGGUUCCUCUUUCAAUCUUAUCAUUGCUGUGGAUCCGAGACAAACAUGAGUGCAGGAAAUAUUGUGCUUAUUUAUGCUUUCUUCCUUGGUGCUCUGAAAUGGGUGGAAAGGGAAGUGGGAUUUCUGUGUUCAGCGAUUUUUCUCAUUAAGCAUUGGACAAGACAGAAUAUCACAUGAAGUCAAAAGUAAUGUGGGUAAAUACCAGGGCUAGGUGUUUUGGAAAAGAGGGGAGAUCUCUUUGGCCAUUAAAUCAUCAGAAUUUUCCUUUCAUACCAGUUUCAACCCCAUUAUACAAAGUGGACCUUUGUAAGGCACCAGGAAGAGGACUGGGCUGAAGAUUAAAGUUAGUGUUGCUUUAUUCUGGCUAACUGAUAACACCUGUGUUGAAUCUUCAUUGAAUGGUAAAUCUUUGUAGUUAGGUUAUGCACUCCACUCAUCUUGACCUACCAGAGCCCCUAGGUCAAUCCUUAGCUAAUAUUCUGGAGGAUGAGCAUUCCUUCUCUUCACCCUGAACUUCUGACCUUAAACUCUGGCUAUAUUUUGACCUCUGUGCUCUCCUGGUGUCAGCACUGGGUCCUGGAGGUCAGGGUCAUUAGGCUUUCUUAUCUAUUUUGAAAAGCAUACUUUUAAAUUUUUUUCUCAAAAUGGCUUGAGAGCAGAGAAAUCCAUACAUGGUUUCUUAGUGAUAAAAGCUAUUUUAAAAAUAUAAUUUAUUAUUGGGAAGGUUUUUUUUUUUUUCCCUGAGCAAAUAGAACUUCUAAACUGAAUUAUUUGUGUCUUCAGGCCUGGCUUUCUUGCAUUCCAGCCUUUUGAAUGGAGAGAGAAUGGCAGUGACUUAGGCCUCUCUUCAUCUCUAUAAGAUCAGUUCUAAGAUCAAGUUAAGAGAUCAGUUUCAUGAACUUAACCAGGAUAAGGCACUUCUGGGCAGCUGACUGACCCGAUAAAUUUAGAGAAGCCCAUGAUAAGGGUGCAUAUGUGACUCCACUGGUCCAUUAUGUAGUUUUUCUGGUCUCUCAUCUUUGGAAAGAGCAGCUACCAUUAAAAGAGGACCAGACCUUCAUCUCGAAUAACCUGGAAGGAGAUACUCUGGGCACAGUGUGUCCCUAGUCUGUGCCCUGCUUUGUUGGAUUAAUGAGGGCGGCUUCUUGCCAUUGAAAGUCACCAGAGUGCCAAAUCUGAGUGGUGCAGCUGCUCUUUGUAUUUUCUUUCUCUCUGCCCUUUGCCAAAGAGGAUAAGUAUCCAGCUGUCCUUUAUCCCUAUUGCCAACAGUUUGUGAAGAAGCUGCCUUAUUUCCUCUGGCGCCAGCAGGUUGGCCAACAGCUGUUUUUUUUUGUUUGUUUGUUUGUUUUGUUUUGUUUUAAAACUCUGCCUAUUGCCAGUGAGUAGGUAGGCUGCUAUUACACACACCCCUGAAGCUGUGGCAUGGACAGACAGCUGUGAUCCUGCUCUCCAGUGCUGGUGGACACCUGUUCUUUUCCUCCUCUGAUUAAAAGCCACUGGGUCUAGGAGCAUGCCAUUUGUUUACACUUAGCUGGAAUCAGGUCAUGGGGAAGACUGCCACUUCUUUUUUUCCAAAGAAGUGAGUCAGGCUUUGUCUAUGUGCCUGCCUUCCACCCUUUCUCUAGGGAUGGAGAUAUUCUCAAGAAGAAAAUGCUAAACCCUAGAUUGGCCCUUGGCUAAUAUGUGGAGUAGGCCAAGAACCAUCACACCUCCUUUUAGUGUCCCUCUCCUAUUUUAUGUCUUGCUCCUGUACCUCUGUACCCCAACUGCUCCCUGACUACCCAUGGAUCCUACUAUGGUGCUCUGAACUCUGGAUUUAUCUUUUGCCCUUCUCUCCCCCUCCAAAAUCAACUUUUCUGGGACACAUUCCAUUCCCAUACACUCUCACUUAGUUGUUCCUAGAAAGGAUCUUAUUGAAUCGUUGGAUGUUUGCUGAACUGAACCAAAAACCAUUCAUUAAGCAACAUUCUUCCUUCUCCCUACUAAGUUCUUUGAAGGCAAGGACUAUGUCUCUUUAUGCUUGUAUCCUUAGCACCUAGCAUCAUACCUUACAUGUACUAACUGCUUAAUAUAUGAUUUUUUUAGAAAAUCAGAACAAAUAUUUGAGUGCCUCCUACAUUGCAGGCACAGCAAAGAAUAUGAAGAUGAAUAAAGUAUUUCUUCUACUCAGGGUUAAUAGCUGAUAAUAGCUCUAUAUGUCAGUUCUCUCUCUGAUGAACUGGUUGUGACAGUGACAGAUUAUAUAAUAUGGUUCUUCUACACCAUGCCUCCCACAUGUUUCGGUGGCCUGGCAGAGUGAAAAAUAAUGUAUGGUCAGUGUAUUUUAAUAAAGGACUCUUGGAAGAUUCUAAUUCCUUCCUCACAGAACUAUAAAUUUAGGGCUAAAAACUUGAGGUUCUAUUCCCCAAUCUUGAUUUUACAGAUUAUCCAAGGGCACUUGUAGUAAGAGGGCAGAGGCAGAGGCAGAAUUUGAAUUCAGAUUCCCUAACUACAAAUACAUUAUUCUUUCUACUACACCAUCCUGUCUCCCCAAUUGAAAGAAUGAAUCUCUUAGGUUAAUAACAAUUUACAUGUAUAAAGCUAUGUUAUGCUCACAGCAUAACAUUCGCUUUUAUUACAUUUCAUUCGCUUCUUAUCACAAUCCCAAGAGGUGAGUAGGGUAAGGAUUAUUAUCACCAUUUUAUAGAUGAGGAACAAAAUCCCAGAGAAGCUAAAUGACUUCUUAAGGGUUGAAUAGCUUAUAAAUUACAAAUUUGGGUACUUAAAUUUAAAGUUGUCUGAGUCCAAGUUUAUUGAACAUUACACACUGUCUUUGGAUAACAUUGUAAGAAAUAAUACUAGUUGGGGUUGAAGAACUUUCCUGGUGACUCUAGUCUUACCAUAAAGGUAUGGGGUCGGUGGCAUCACUAGAAAUAUAUAGUGAUGUUCAUGGUAAGUUAGUUUUACUAAAGUAUGCUAUUCUAUACCAGUGGAAGCUGGAACAAAAUGUUAAAUUCCUGCCUAUGGUUGAUUGGGUAUGAUCAAUCUUUGCCUGAAGAUGAUCUUUCAAAAAAUAAACAAAAAACAGGGCACAUUGCUUUUUACUACUAAAGUCUGAGUAACAGAAUGCCAAAGAAGUAAAAUUUAUUCCAUAAUUUCAGUGAUUCUGCUAGGAUCAGGACACUUCAAUCAUCCAAAUAUCUGCUAAAAGCAGAGCAGCUAACACACUUUGACUUGCUUUAAUGAUUAUUUUAUCCUUAAAAAGAAUAAAACAAAAGAGGAACCAACAAGGGGAUAUUUUGUAUUGGAUCUGAUUUUUAUUAAGAAGUAGAAGAACUGAUUGGGGGGGCAGUGUGAAAAUGGCAGGAAUUCUAGGGAGAAGUAACCAUUCCCUCUUAGAGUCAGUGAUACAAAAGAGGAAAUUCUAGGUGAAACCCUAGAUUUUGGGAAAUUAGACUUCAAAAGAAGUAUAAAAUAGAAUUUCAAUGAACUACAAGGAGAAAUCAGCCCAGGAGGGCAUUAUUCAAGAUUAAAAUUCUGAAGACAUAAGUGGAAAUAAUUUCAAUGAAGAGGAAAAAAUUAGAAAAUAUCAAAGAAGAAUAAGUCUGUGGAUAUACCUACUCACAAAUCAACUUAGAUUUUAAAGAGAAAUGUACAGAAGAUUAAAGCAAAGCCAAGUAAGAGGAUGAUUAUAAGAAUGUGGGAUGGUCCUAUAAAAAUAGUGUCAGGAGAGCUAAAGCUCAGAACAAGCUGAGGGUUGGUAAGGGAAUUUAAGGACAACAAAUAAAAGUGUUUUUUUUUUUCUUCAAGUAAUACUGGGAGAAAUGAAAGGAUCAAAAAAGGAUAGGACUUGUGCUUGGGGUAGAUAGGAUGAUGAUAACUGAAAACAGUCCAGAAAGAACUGCUAAAUUAAUAUUUUGUUACUGUUUUCUCUGACAAGUAAAUGAAAGAACAAAAGUGGCUAAGAGAGUCUCCAAGAGAGUAGGGAGAAAGUAAGAGAGCACUUAGUUGCCUGUGAUAAAUCCAAGUCACUUGGACCUAUAUUCUUGAGUUUUGAAAAAACUUGUAGAUAUGAUCACUGAACCACUGUUAAUAAUAUCUGAAAGAUGAUGGGAAAUAGAAAUAAUGCCAUAAAGUUGAGGAAGACCUUGGGAUUGUUUGGAUUGUUACAACAUAAUAUCGAAAACAACUUUUGUACCAAAAGAUCUCAUCAAGUGUUAUAAAUGCUUUAAAAUAUUUUCCUUUGGUGCAACUAACAUUACCCUAUAUUCAUAUUAGAUAAAGCUUAGCAUUAAUAAUAUUUCAAAUAAAAUAUAAUUAAUUAAAAUUAACAUUUAUAAAAAAUUCAACAUUCAUUCAGGUGUGUUAGGAUUCCUAAGGGAACACAUAAAUAGAAAAUACAAAGUCUAUCCUCAAGGAUUUCAUGUUGUUUAAAAUUUUUUUAAACAUAAUUAUAAAAGUAAAUUUUAAUAUUUAUUUUUAAAUUAGAAAAAUAAAAUAAUGACUAUGAGAUCUCACAAAGAAGUGAUAGGUGCUCACUCAAAACCAGAAAAAGACCUGCUAAGAUUAGCAAAAAUGUUUUUGAUGACUUUGAGACUGUCAGGUCUGUAUUUUUUUUUGUCUUCUCACAUUGGGAAAAAGUUACUAUAAAUAAGCAUUCUGCUUUUAUGUAUUAAUGUUAACCUCUAGAGAGAAUUGAAUCUUUUAAGUGAGAAUUGUGGAUCCAAGGUGGAAGGUCACACAAUUUAGCAAUAUUUUGGUAGCUUGAGGCAAUAAUGAGUUCUUUUUCCAAAAAGCUCCAAAGUGUGGAAGAUUCCUUUCUUCAACUGGCAUGGACAUUUUAAACUUGGAAAUAAAAGUCUUUAACACAUAAUAUCAAUGUCUUUUAGCAGCCAGAAAUUUAAGUGUAAAGGUAAUCUGCCAUUUAAUUAUUUCUACCCUAUUUCUCAACAUUGUGUGACUAGCAGAUAAUUCAAGAGAAUUUGAAGAAUGUCAAGUUUACAAUUUACAAUGUAGCAUUAGGAAAAUAAACCUAUAAGGAAAGAUAAACAUCUAAUAAUUAUGAAGUUAUUACCCAAAGAUUCAGUAGUAACCCAAAAUUAAUAAUCCGAAAUUGACCAUCAGUGAUUAAUAAUUUAUAACCAAUAAUCCUCCAUUUGAAGGCCUCAAAAAUACAUGUGAGCAAACUGGAUGUCCUAGAAAGCCUGAUAUUACAAAUGUUAUAAAUAUUAUAAGAGGCUAAAACAAAGAUUUUUUUUAAAAAAACCUUCACAUGUACUAGGUUACUUAUUUGUUUUCUCAAGUUCUUUUUAUUAAACAACUAUAGCAAAGCUAUCUAUUUUUUUUCUUGUUAUAGAGAAAAGGUAACAUUGUUCAAUAGAGAAACCACAUACACAAAAAGAAAAAAUAAUCCUAAAAUAGAAAUAAGGCAAGGUCUAAAAGCCUUUCCACAUCUUCAUAAAGUUAGGUUACUUUUUUUCAAAUACGCUUUUUAAAAUUCUGAAUACUCUCAGGUUGGUCAGGGAUGAAGUUAAUGGCAACAAUUUCUAUAUCUCUCUGUGUAUAUAUAUGUAUAGCUCUGAGAGAAACUAAAUUACUGUGAUCUGGUGGUGGAAAGGUAAAGGUAGGCAGAUCAGUCUUGUCCUGAGAGUUCUGAAAAGAGUAGAUGGCCUGUGACAGGCAGGUGAUAAAGUGAGCCUGAAGUCAUUUGGAAGAUGAUUUGAUAGACAGUCUGUGAUUAAACUGAGAGAGAGUCAAGGAGUUGGCAGCAGAGGGGGAGCAUGAUGGGUCAUAGGGGAGCAAGAAGAGAGAGCUGAGCUAUGGCAGAGAGAAGAAUUUAUGACAGCUGAGGAUGCAAUUGCAAAGGACUUUCAUGUCCCUGCAUGUGUCUUUGAACUGAUUCAGACUGAUGUUGCUUGCAGCUUAUAAUCACCACUUGAAGAAUUGUAGAAAGCUCUGAAAAACUUUAUUUUUCCUAAAUUCUCCUUUGUACCUGUUUACUAACAAAUGUUUAUAUAUGAUCUUUCCUACUAAUUGCUUAAGCUGUUUCUUUAUCCUGAUAAUUUGCUUUAUAUGAAAGUCCAUACUCAAUAACAAAUUCUAUGUAUUGCAUAUUUCUGAACUUAGUCUAUGUUGAACAAAGGACAAUAAAGGAAACCAGAGGUUAGCAGAAAAAAAAAAAAACCCAUAAAAUUUAAAUGAGUCAGCAGUCUAAACCUCUGCCUGAAAUUAAACAGUUUGGGGCUCCGAGUUGUUAUUUUAUUAAUAACUUUUUGUCUUAUAUAAUAAACUCCCUGACCUAGCAGAGAAAGGAUCAAAGGAGAACCAAGGUUUUUUGUUCCUGGACCAGAAAGUGAGCUCAAUUGCUUUAUGAGGUGUAGCUACUCAAAUUUGAGGUUCAUAAGGCAAAACUUUAGACUCUCACUGGAAAAGGAGUGAGUGGGGAAUAAAAUGAGAUCCAAAAGAAUUAGACUGCCCCUGGAAGCCUAAUGGGAAGAGAAAGGUGUGGUUUGGAAAGGAUCAGCUCCUUCCUCUUUUUUCUGUUGGGGAAAGGAAUAAAAGAAUGAUUGUUUUCAGGCAACUUUGUUCCACAGUGACACCUUCUGGUUACCCUAGAAUAAUAAUUUUUUAAAACCAUUUAGUUUCUCUGCCUUCAACUAAAGGGCAAUUUGUUUCUGUAGAGUUCAGAUAGCAGAUUAUAUUUCACAUUUUGAUAGCACAAUGGCAGGCUAACUAGAGUUCCAUAUAUUUAUUACAUUACAGUUUAAUAUAUAAGUUUAAAACUAAAUAAGGCAAUAAAUACAAUCUACUAGUUAUAUAAUUGAGUUUUUGUCUUAAAUAUUUCUGAUGAGUUAAGUUUAUUACACCUGAAUUAAACUCUCAAUUUUCAAUGGGUUAUAGGAAAUGAGUUCACUUUUUCAUAGUUUCUCAUAUUCAUGCACAAUUCUAAAAGUACAAUAAAUGGGGAAAGCAGUGAUAGACUUAUUGGAGGUAGAAAUAUAGAUACUUUGAAUAGGAAAAACCAUUAACUACAUGUGUGCAAAGUGACAUCACAAACCUUCUCACGUACACCGUAUUAUCAGUCUUUUCACAGUUCCUGUUCUAAAUAUUCCCUAUUCUUGUGAGCUGCAUUAUUAUAAAGAUAUCCUUUAAAUGACAAAUAAUCUUUCCUGCCAUUCUGAUCCAGUCUGAUGAAAAGGCAAAGCUAUCUUGGUUUCUCUAUCUGGUGAGGAAUUGUUCGAGUAGGUUCAUAUUUAGAUAUAUAAAAAUUUUAAAACCUUAUAUCAUUUUAUAAGAGAUAUUAAAUUGAAAUUUCAAAUUAAUUUAUACUUGUCAUGAUCCAUGUUCUCAGGUAAAAAUUCACAAAAAGGUUUCUUGUCUCUAUGACCAUUCUUACAGACACUGUUAUCUUUUCAGGAUUAUCAGUAAUUCACCAAGGCUAUGCAUGUGUAAAUAUUAAAUAAUCAUUUUCCAAAAUGAAAGGGCACUUUUUUUUAUAGAGAAUUCUUUGUUGUUGUUUUUUUAAUAAUGUCUUAAGGGUUUUCAGGAACUUUGCACAUAUGUUAUUUGCUGUUUUUUUUUAACCCUUACCUUCCAUCUUAGAAUCAAUACUCAGUAUUGGUUCCAAGGCAGAAGAGUGGUAAGGGCUAGGCAAUGGGGGUCAAGUGACUUGCCCAGGGUCACACAGCUAGGAAGUAUCUGAGGCCAGACUUGAACCUAGGACCUCCAGUCUCUAGUCCUGGUUCUUAAUCAACUGAGCCACCCAGCUGCCCCCCACAUAUGUUAUUUGUAUAAAUUCUCAAAGCUAAAAAAACAUUUUCUUUGAAGAGCUACAAGUGAUGGAGUGGGCAUUGCUAGUGUUUUCUUAUCUCUCUGGUUUGGUUCUAGAUAAACAACUUUUAUGUAAUACUAAGGUUAUAAAUUAUUCUAGCCUAUUGCUUGUCACAGCCCAUUUCUAAUUUCAAAGUUAUACAUGAAGUGUUUUCAUUUAAAACAUUCAAAAAUGUUCAUGUCACAUAUAAUUUGCAUUUUACAGACAUAUCUCUAGGCAUCAAAGCACAAAAUGUUUUAAAUGUAAAACAUCUCAGUUACAUUAAGAAAAUGCUAGUUCAUAGAGGAUUGCAUGAUGAGUAGGUCAGAGAGUAAUAGACAAGCAUCAAAGAAGAAAUAAAAGCAAUCUUCCUUCAUAGGACUUAAUCCAUAGAGGCUGACAACAAAUAUUCAAAUUCUUAAUUCCCAAAAUAACCAUCUACAACUAAGAGAAAUAUUAUUCCCAUUUCUUUAACACUGGUUACAACUACUUAAUGGAAGCUAGGUAGUGUGAAGUGGAUAGAAUGCCAGGCCUAUUGUCAGAAAGACUCAUCUUCCUGAGUUCAAAUCUGCCCUCAGACACUUACUAUGACCUGGGCAAGUCAUUUAAAAGUCCUUUUGCUUCAGUUUUCUCUAUAAAAUGAGCUGGAGAAGGAAAUGGCAAACCAUUGCCAAGAAAACCCUACAAAGGGUCGUGAAGAAUCAUUCACUAACAAUGACUGAAUAAUAAAAAUACAACUAUGUAAUUUGUUUGAAGCUCUACCAUUUUCCUCUUUGUAUACAAACAGGUAUGAUUUGAAAUAAUUCUUGAAGGAAUAUGGAGGCAUUUAAUAUUUAGUUUUCAUUCCUCCCCAUUCCCAACACACACACUGUUCUGAAUGGCCAGCUCAAAACAGAAAGAAAAAAAUCAUAUUACUGCUUAAAUUUGAGCUCAGUAAAUACUACUUUGCCCUUUCCAAAAUUGACUAUACCUAAGCUAAAUGUUCUUUAACAUUCUUACAGAACUGGUAACAGAAUGCAUACAAGUAUUUAUAAAAAAGACAAUCCAGAUAUUUUUAUUGGCAAAUUUGCUAACCCAGCAUUUCUCUCCUGAGAUCCACACCAGUUUUUGAGGCUUCUCUUCGGGAUUAAAAUUUUAUUCUGUCAGAAUUUUGUUUUUAGAUUAAGCUUUCUCUCAAAAAAAACAAACACCUUUAAAUUUAUUUUGGAGUUUAUUUUCUUGUUCUGGUGAAGCUAUGCACCUUAGGUUGAUCUACCUAAGAUGUCUAGAAAGAUGUGUUUGAACAACAAAUUUCUCCUUUUCAUCUUUCAGCUACACUUUAAGUUUACUCUCUGGAUUUUAGAAAUCAGUUUUACUUUUAGAAGAUAUUGUCUGCUAAUUCUACUAGUCCAGAAAAAUUAAAAUUGUGAGAGAAAAAUGAACUGUUUAGAUACUGGAGUUCUCCUAAGGAGAAUAGGAACUUACUGAAAACAUAUAAAUACUAGAAUUUUGAAACUUAUGCAGACAUACAUGUCCCUCUCACAAAUGCAUGAAUUAGGCAAAGGAGCAUAAUAUGAGGAUUCUCCAAUUUUGCAGUCACAUCAUUUACUUCCAGGAAAGGUUCCCUAGGCCCAGGGUUAAUUUUCAAUUAAUUAAUGAUCAGAAAUGAGAAACAAAGAGGAAGAUUUUCUCUUCAUGGGUACAUGGAGAAGACAAGAAGAAGCUAUUAUAUUAUAUCAAGGUAGAAAUGCCACUUCCACCUCUUAUCAGGUCCAAUUUUGGGGAAAGUCAAAGUCCUCCUUUCCUAGCUCACAGAUUAUUUUGUUAAAGAGAGCUUCAACUUGUAGGAAUUCCAACUGGGGAGAACCUUUGGCCAGUGGUAGGGCACUUCAUAGAUAAGAAGGGUCAGACAAAAAGAUCAUAAAUCAGUUAUAGUGGGGGGGCGGGGAUGGAACACAUUCUCUUUGGGUACAGCCAAAUUAGAGAUUUAUACUUACUAACUACCCCAGAAUAAUAAAUGGACUAUUUAUUUUGUAUUACCUUCUAGUAAUCUAGAUGCAAGUAGCAAACAAAAAACUGCAGAUUUGAAUAGGCCAAUUUUGGCCUCAUCUUGUUUAGUACUUGACCCAUGGACAUUUUCAAUCAAGCUACCUGUACUCUAUUCUCCCCCUUACCUUUUUAGCUUCCCUUUAUGUGUUUUCUAUACCUUUGCUUGAGAGAAGGAAUCACCUUAUUUACUUUUAUUUAUAUCCCGAAUACUUAGUAUAGUUCCAGGCAGAUGUAAGCACAUUAAAAAAACAAACAGCAACCCUUACCUUCAAGUAUCAGUUCCAAGGCAGAAGAGUGUUAAGGGCGAGGUCACCUCUGGGGUUAAGUGACUUCCUCAGGGUCAUAUGUGGCAUUUAAAAGAGUAGAUGCCAUAAACUGUAAUAAUUAAAAUGGUUGAGGUUUGUAAACUGUAGUGAUUAAAUAGUGGAAGAUAUAAAUUGUAGUAAAUAUAAGAGUGGGUGAGUAAAUUGUGACCGCAGAAAUUGUGUUUUCACUACAGUGUCUUGUUUUAAAUCAAAUAUAAGGUGGUUGCCAGGGAAAUAUUCCCAAUUAUGAAUAUACCCAAGUCAACUGGGUUUUAUAGAGAAUUUAAUUAAUAAUACAAUGAGGAAUCAAAGAAAAAGAGAAAGAGUAAGAAAGGAAUAAGUAUGAAGGGCCUUAAGCCAACAUGGCCUAGACCUGAGUCUUAAGAGAGAGAUCAGUCAGUUCUUAAUCACUCACCACAAGAUCUGUUCAAGCGAGGAUUCAAGGGGACAGAGUUUCCCCAGAGGGAGUUCCAGCCAGAGUCAGUCCCAAGGGACUUCUUCUCAAGAGAUCAUCUUCAAGAGGUUGACCUCAAGAGCUCUCUCCAAGAGAUUGUCCUCAAAAGGGAUUCUUUCUCAAGAGACCCUCCUUCGAGUCUCUCUCUCAAGAGCUUUCCUUCUCAAGAGAUCCUCUCCCUCUCAAGAGAUUCCUUUUUCUUAUAUAGGGGGUUUUCUCCUAUGUCACCUCCCCUAAGUUCUUCCAUCUACCAAUCACAGUAGACAUUUUUCCAAAGGACAGCCCAUUCUGAAUUCACAGCUGAGUCGACUAACCCCUUUAGUAAGUUUGAACCAGAAAAAACUUCUGAAUAAGUUUUCACCUCUUUGCUCCUUGUAAAUUCACAAGUUGCCUGACCUUUAUAGGUACUUAGCACCCUAUUUUAUUAAUUCUAAAAAUAGGCAUGGCUUAAGUAUGGGUGUAAGCAUUUCUCAUUGUUCAGCAAGGAAUUUUUCUCCCCUAACGUAGUCCUAAGUACCAGUAGAGGUCCUCCCAUUUCUGAUCCAAGUAGAGUUCUCACUGUCCAAAUGGGGAAUGUUCCCAGUAGGGAAUUGUUCCAAUGGAUAAUUCCCCAAUGGGGAAAUUUUUAACAUUCACAAGUCUGAGAAAUUUCAAGAUUCACACAUAUAGCCAGGAAGUAUCUGAAGAACCUGAACCUUUAGGACCUUAGGCCUGGCUCUCUACCCACUGAGUCACCUAGCUGCUCCUACAUAUUAGUACUUAAUAAAUGCUUUCUCUUUUUCUCUCUUUGUCUCUGUCCCUUUUUCUAAAGGACCACAACUUGUUGAAGAAGUUUAGACACAUUGAGUCGUGGGAAUGAUAAACAUAUUCAAAAGCUGAUUCCAAUGAGCAAGGAGUUCUUGGGGCAGUCUUAUGCCUAUAUUUUAAAUAAUUCACAUGAUUGAUUUAUAGUGAAUCCUUCUAUAAGAAAAAUUAGCUUGGGGUUGAAAUUAUCUGGUUAUGAAGUUAAACUUCCCUUAACCUUUGAAAGAUGUCACAAAGCUUUGAACUUCAUGCAAUGAAAAGGUGACAGGCAGUCUGCUCUGUUAUCUGAUUAAGUAGAAUAGAAAUCCCUAGAGUCAGGAAAGAUACAUGAUAAACAUCUAAGACAGUUCCUGGAGGAAGGAAACUCCCCACAAGCAGUGGUAUCUUCAAUAAGCUUCCUUUCCCACAGGACUGGUAAAAGCUCCACCAAAAUAUGAAGAAGCCAUUUGCUGUACCCUUUUGUUUGAGAUCUCUUUGAUUCAUUUACAUUUAAAUAAACCCUGUAAGCUACUCUGCCUUUGAAUCAGUUUGGCUUUUGACUGAUUCCACUCACUCUGUGUCUCUGUGUAUUAUUUUUCUCUACACGCCUGUAAUUUCUAUCUUAAGCUUUUCCCCCUUUUUUGGGGGGAUUUUUCCUCAGAAUGAAUUUUCUGCUCUGAGAUACCUGAAGAACCAAUGAUCCUCUUUGACAUUUCUCUUUGACACAAUUCUGUCCUACCUUUACUGAAACACUUUCUCCUUUCUGACUUUUCAUGGAACUCUUUAAUUUCAGGGCAUGAUGAAAUCUUUCAGAAUACUGGAACAGGUGAUCAAAUGACAUCAAAAAGUCUUUAUAUAGUCCAAGGACAAUGAAUGAUUAGGAUAUCUUAUCACUUAUUUUAAGUAAGUUGGGACUGAGUAAAUCAAUUGACCCCAUUCUUAUAUAUUCAAAAGAACAAGAGUUAAGUUUUUAUUAGCAGUAGUCUUACAGGUUGGCUAAUAUGCAUUUCAUCCUAGAUGAAAAAGCUACCAAUUUUGUCAAGGAAUAGGAUUAUUUAUUUCAUUAAUAAAAACAUAAAUAGGGAGGGCUUAAAGGAACUAAGAAAGGAAAAUAUGACUCCUGGCUUUAAAUAGAAGGGUGGCCAGUUUAAAUUUACUUAUGGGAUAAGUUAAGAUGGCAACAUUAAAGGUUAUGGAAUCUAGCUGUCCCACAUGGAUUAUAGAAAAUGUAUGAAAAUGAACUCCAACUGAACUGAAAUUAACCAAAGAGAAAGCUAUUCUGUUCAUUAAGAACUAUAUAAAAAGAUUCCAGAAGCCAAUGGAAAAUUUGAGGGAGGUCACAGCAGGGAAGUCACUAAAACUUUUAGUAACUUUGCCCAAAGCUAGCAGAAUCUGAGACAAAGGCCACAUACUAGGGAAGCCAUCACUCUCUCCCAUAAACAAUCCUAAAAUCAGUUGGCCCUUUGAACUGGGGCACAUGAAAGUGAGAACUCCAGUAACUGGAGACCUGAUGCUACAUUUGGACCCUGAACAGCCAAAAAAGAAGCCAAGGAAAGAGCUGGUCCUCAUAGGUCACUGAGUGAGGGAUAGAGGACCCAUCCAUGAACUUGGUGUUCUGAGACUCAUGUUGGAAGAUCAUUCAGUAAAUGGGUGCCUAUGACAAUGGAACCUUGAAGGAGACUAAAGGCUCACUAGCCUUCACUAAUUGUUCAACAUCUAAAAGUAGCUUCUAAAGGCUAUAAUUUUUACAACUGAGGAUUGUGCAAGGAGGAGAUGGAGAUCUGCUGAAGCCAGAACCAGAAGUGAUCACUAGGAAACUAAAAGAAGGCCAGAGAUCAAAGCAGAGGGUGAGGCCAAAUACUAUCCUGAAAGGAGGAAGCAAUGACAACAGAUUACAAAAGAUACAGGAUCAAAUACAGCCUGUUUAACCUGUCCAAGAGUUGUUGAUUGUUUCAGUCAUGUCUUACUCUUUGUGACACCAUUUUGGGGUUUUCUUGGCAUAGAUAUUGGAAUAGUUUACUAUUUCCUUCUCCAGCUCAUUUUACAGAUGAGGAAACUGAGGGAAACAGGGUUAAGUGACUUGCCAAGGAAGAUGGUUUUACUGAUUCUAAGCCCAGUACUCUUUUCAUUACAUAACCUAACUGCUCUGUCCAAGAGUACAGAAGGGUAAUAGCCCAAACACUAUAUCCAAAUCUAAGAUUUGAAACUGUUAAUAUAAGUAAAAAAAGAAAAUUCUAAAUACGAUAAAGAUAUACUAUAGAUUAAGAAAGUUCCAAAGGUAAACCUAGAAGAGAAUAAUUCCACAUAAAGUAGAAGCAGAAUCUCAAAGGGAAAACAAAACAAAACAAAAAGGUCAUCCUGGAUAAAAAAAAGCAAGAAAUAAUGGAUAGGGAUUGGUCCUUUGAUUUUACUGGUAUAGGCAAUGAAAGGUAAAACAAUUCUCUCUACUCUCUCAUAAAACUCUUUCUCAACUGAACCAGACAAACAUAUGCACAUGCACACAAUAAAAUCAAUAGGAAAAUAGGCAGGAAAAGGGAAUGAGGAAGAGGAGGAGUAAGAAGGAAGUUAGUCAGGGAGGAGAGUAGGUUAAAAAAGAGAUUAAAAAUAAAGAUAGCAUAUAAAUCAGUGAUCAGGACUUGGGAUUGGUAAUGGGUGAUGGGAUCAGGAACAAAUUAUUCCAAUUAUAAAUGGCUAUUAUUGAUGUGAUUUCUUCUUUCUCUUCAACUCCUUCUAAAGUGGAAAAGAAAGGAAAAAGUAUGAGGUACCCAAGUCAACUGGGUUUUAUAGAGAAUUUAAUUAAUAAUACAA